GAGGUGGCGCGUAAGCGGCAUUGGAACACCCCUUGGGUUUAAAAUGUCGACGUGUAACAUGUAGUCGACACUGACAGGCGGUGGUAAAGCUCGUCGCAGAGAGAAAAGAGAAAACAGAGAGAAAUGGAGUAUUUUAAAAGCAGCCUGAAGUCCGUCUUGGGAACCGCUCCCGCCGGUACGCAACCAACGGGUGCCGAUACGGUGGAGAGACUAGUUGACAGGCUGCAGUCUUCUACUUUGCUCGACGACAGAAGGGAUGCAUGCCGCGCGCUCAAGGCGUUGUCCCGCACUUACCGCGUGGAAGUGGGUGCUCAGGGAAUGGACGCGCUCAGGCAGGUGCUGGAGAUGGACAGAACGGAUUGCGAGAUAAUCGGCCUAGCCCUGGACACUUUGUGCAAUAUAACAAAUCCCGAGACGUUUGACGAAGAGGUGGAUAAACACGGCCCCAAGAGUCAGAUAGGCGAACAGUUUACGGAAAUAUUCAUCAAGCAUCCGGACAGCGUCGGUUUGGUGCUGACGUUUCUCGAGGAGUUUGACUUUCGUGUCAGGUGGCCGGCGCUGAAGCUGCUGACGCACUUGCUGGCAAACAGAUCUAAAGAUAUUCAGGAAAUAAUCCUAGUCAGUCCUAUGGGUGUCUCUAAGCUGAUGGAUUUGCUGAGCGACAGCAGAGAAAUCGUACGCAAUGACGUUUUGCUGCUGCUUAUCCAAUUGACAAAAGGCAACGCUAAUAUACAAAAGAUAGUGGCGUUUGAAAACGCGUUCGAUCGCAUAUUUGAUGUUAUCGACCAAGAGGGCAACGCGGAUGGCGGUAUUGUCGUGGAAGAUUGUCUCCUAUUGAUGUUAAAUCUUCUCAGGGGAAACGUCAGUAACCAAAACUUCUUCAAGGAAGGUAGCUAUAUUCAAAAGUUGACACCAAUGUUCCAAAUUCCCAACGAAACGGAGGACAACAAUCUUGGCGGAUGGAGUCCACAGAAGGUGUCCAACGUUCACUGCAUGGUGCAGGUGGUACGGGCGCUGGUAGCGCCGAGUGCUCCUGCUCAGGCUGUCGCAGCUUGUCAGCGAACUAUGAGGGCGUGCGGAUUGUUGCAAGCGCUGUGCGAUAUAUUGAUGGCUAGCGGAGUACCGGCGGACGUAUUAACAGAGACCAUUAACACUGUAGCGGAAGUAAUAAGAGGGAAUGCUAGUAAUCAGGAAUUUUUGGCGGGUGUUAUGGCACCGAGCACGCCUCCAAGGCCGGCUAUUGUCGUUCUACUGAUGUCCAUGGUGAACGAAAAACAACCGUUUGUUCUACGAUGUUCAGUAUUGUACUGCUUCCAAUGCUUCCUGUAUAAGAACGAAGUGGGGCAGACGCAGUUAAUCCAGACGUUGUUGCCGCAAGGCAACGAGGCGCCGUCGCUAACCACAGGACAGCUGUUGUGCGGCGGACUGUUUUCUUCAGAUUCUCUGUCAAAUUGGUUCUCCGCCGUGGCGCUGUCGCACGCCUUGAUCGAGAAUAUAAGUCAGAAGGAACAGCUUCUAAGAGUACUCCUCGCAACUAACAUCGGGAAACCGCCGGUUACGCUUAUGCAACAGUGCGUGAUGCUGUUGCAGCAGGGUAACAAAACGCAGUGUAAACUGGGCCUGCUGAUUCUGCUUUGUCGAUGGACCUCGUACUGUACGCUCGCGGUGAAGUCAUUCCUGGCUAUCGACUCCUCGGUGGCGUAUCUAACAGCCCUCUUAUCAUCGCAAGAAAACAACGAUGACUUACAAGAGACCCUGCUGCAGAGUAUGUGCGCCUUACUUAUCGGUAUUUGCGUACACUUCAACGAUGAUAGCGUACCUACUUACACGAAGGAAAAAGUGUGCAAUUUAAUUGAAAAUAGAAUUGGUUUGGAAAAGUUUCAAGAUGCGAUUGGUGGUAUCGCCAGACAUGAAAUAUACUCUCGAACGUUAAAACAUCCACAGCCGUCAGCUAAAGCUCCGUCGGAACUUUUACUCGAUCACGAGUUUUGCAGGCUGCUAAAAAGUUUGGAAGGUGUUAUAAUAAAAUCGGUGAUAGAGGCCAAUAAUGAACAGCAGAACAAGAAUCAAUUGUCUGUGAUGAACUUACCUGAUAAUACACUGGUUUCACAAUAUAAAGAUCUUAUUAGAGAACAGGAUAUACAAAUUCAAAGGUUAAAUCAAGCCAAUGAUUUUCUUACAAAAGAGAAACAAGAACUUGAGGUACAAGUACAAGAACUUCGAUCGACCGUCAGUCAUCUACGAGAUCAAAAUUUGGUACUACGAGCUGCACAAGCUAAUAUAGGGGACGGAAAAGAAACAAUUGCUUCUAGUAAUAAUGUAGAUUUCGAAAAAGAAUUGCAGACGUAUAAAACGAUGGUUGCAGAUUUAGAAAAUCGUUUAGCGGAAACGCACAUAACGCAACAGCACAAUGAGAGGAGCAAAGAUAACAAAGAAUCAGAAUUAGAGUCUCAAUUAAAAAUGAAGACGGAUGAACUUGAGGCACUGAAGAAGGAUCAAGAGGAUCUUUUAGAACUCUUGACAGAUCAAGAUAAUAAAAUUACGCUGUAUAAAGAAAGAUUGAUUGAAUUAGGGGAUAAGGUAGAAUCUGAUGAAAGUUCGGGCGAACUUGACACAGACGAUCAACCAGAAUCAAGCAAUUAAGAUGCUUUAUUGACGUUCCUUGAUGAUAAAUUAAUAAAAAAAUUGUUGUCAACGAGCAAAUUUUUUUCUUUAGAUUUUCUAAGAUUUCAUUUCAUGUGUCAUAAAUAAUAAUGUAUACAUGUAUCAAAUAGAUUUGCAAAACGCGUAUACAAAUACAUGCACACAAUUGUAUAAAUGAAUGUUAAACCAUGUUCUCAGACACUAAAAUGUAUAAAUUUGAUAUUUAACGAAGAGAUAUUUUAAGUAAACUGAACCAUAUUCUAA